UCCUUUUCCGAGUACCCGAGGAAACGACAGCGCACCGACCGAGCGUCGAACUUCGACCGCUUCUCCUUCGGCACGUGCACGUACGCGUGGCACCCGAACACCUUGAGGUUGGCCAGCAAAGGCUUCUUGCCGGUCCAAACGUGGUGCGGCGACUUGUCGAACGUGGCCGUCAUCACCGCUUCUCCCCAGUACUCCUUCGACAACCCGGCGUGCUCCAGCAUGCAGCGCGCACACUCCACCAGCGUCCGAUUCAUUCGCUCGGCCACUCCGUUGAGCUGA